ACCAUGGAGGAGGUGGUAAUUGCCGGCAUGUCUGGGAAGCUCCCGGAGUCUGAGAACUUGCAGGAGUUCUGGGACAACCUGAUCGGUGGUGUGGACAUGGUCACAGAUGACGACCGGAGGUGGAAGGCCGGGCUCUACGGUCUGCCCCGGCGGUCAGGAAAGCUGAAGGACUUGUCCAAGUUCGACGCCUCCUUCUUUGGGGUCCACCCCAAGCAAGCUCACACAAUGGACCCUCAGCUCCGGCUAUUGCUGGAAGUCACCUAUGAAGCCAUCUUGGAUGGAGGCAUCAACCCGGCGUCCCUGCGAGGUACUAACACCGGUGUCUGGGUGGGCGUGAGCGGCUCUGAGGCCUCCGAGGCCCUGAGCCGGGACCCCGAGACGCUUGUGGGUUACAGCAUGGUGGGCUGCCAGCGGGCCAUGAUGGCCAAUCGCCUGUCCUUCUUCUUCGACCUCAAAGGGCCCAGCAUUGCCCUGGACACAGCCUGCUCCUCCAGCCUGCUGGCCCUGCAGAACGCCUUCCACGCCAUCCGCCGUGGGGAGUGCCCCGCGGCCAUCGUGGGCGGAAUCAACCUGCUGCUAAAGCCCAACACCUCAGUGCAGUUCAUGAAACUGGGCAUGCUUAGUCCCGAGGGUACCUGCAAGUCCUUCGAUAAAGACGGUAACGGUUACUGCCGAUCCGAGGCUGUGGUUAGUGUCCUGCUCACCAAGAGGUCCCUGGCCAAGCGGGUGUACGCCACCAUCCUGAACGCAGGCACCAACACAGAUGGCUACAAAGAGCAAGGUGUGACCUUCCCCUCUGGAGAAGCUCAGGAGCAACUGGUUAGCUCGCUCUAUGAACCGGUCGGACUGACCCCCGCGUCCCUGGAGUAUAUUGAAGCCCACGGCACUGGCACCAAGGUGGGUGACCCCCAGGAGCUGAAUGGCAUCGUCCGUGCCCUGUGUACCACCCGCCAGAGCCCACUGCUGAUCGGGUCCACCAAGUCCAACAUGGGCCACCCCGAACCCGCCUCAGGGCUUGCCGCCCUCACCAAGGUACUGCUGUCCCUGGAGCAUGGGCUGUGGGCCCCCAACCUCCACUUCCACCAUGCCAACUCUGAGAUCUCAGGGCUGCAGAACGGACAGCUGAGGGUGGUGGACCGACCCCUCCCGGUUAGUGGAGGCCUCGUGGCCAUCAACUCCUUCGGCUUUGGUGGUUCCAACGUCCAUGUUAUCCUCAAGCCCAACGCUGUGCGGCCCCCGACACCCACCCUGCCCGCCCUGCCCCGACUGCUGCGGGCCAGUGGACGUACUCUGGAGGCUGUCCAGAGCUUGCUGGAGCAGGGUCAGAAACACAGUGAGGACCUGGCCUUCCUUAGUAUGCUCAAUGACCUCGCGGCCACCCCCACCUCUGCCAUGCCUUUCCGAGGUUACGCUGUGCUGGGCAGCCAGGGCAGUGGCCAGGAGGUGCAGCAGGUCCCGGGCACUAACCGUCAGCUCUGGUUCAUCUGCUCAGGCAUGGGCACGCAGUGGCGCGGGAUGGGACUGAGCCUCAUGCACCUGGACAGCUUCCGCGAGUCCAUCCUGCGCUCAGACGAGGCUGUGAAGCCCUUUGGGCUAAAGGUAUCGCAGCUGCUUCUGAGCACUGAGGAGAGCACGUUCGAUGACAUUGUCAACUCGUUCAUCUGUCUCACUGCCAUUCAGAUCGCGCUCAUUGACCUGCUGACCGCCAUGGAGCUGCGGCCAGACGGCAUCAUCGGGCACUCGCUGGGCGAAGUGGCCUGUGGUUAUGCAGAUGGCUGCCUGUCUCAGGAGGAGGCGUUGCUGGCCGCCUACUGGAGGGGUCAGUGCAUCAAGGAGUCCAACAUCCCGCCAGGCGCCAUGGCGGCCGUGGGCCUCUCCUGGGCCGAGUGCAAAGAGCGCUGCCCACCUGGCGUGGUGCCCGCCUGCCACAACUCCGAGGACACCGUCACCAUCUCCGGGCCUAAGGCUGCUGUGUCUGAGUUUGUGGAGCAGCUGAAGCAGGAAGGCGUGUUUGCCAAGGAGGUGCGGACAGGCGGCAUGGCCUUCCACUCCUACUUCAUGGAGUCCAUCGCACCCACGCUGCUCCAGGCGCUGAAGCAGGUGAUCCGUCAGCCGCGGCCUCGCUCACCACGGUGGCUCAGCACCUCUAUCCCCGAGGCUGAGUGGCAGGGCAGUCUGGCGCGCACCUCCUCAGCCGAGUACAGUGUUAACAACCUUGUGAGCCCUGUGCUGUUCCAGGAGGCGCUUCGGCAUGUGCCUGAGCACGCCGUGGUGUUGGAGAUUGCACCCCACGCCCUGCUGCAGGCUGUCCUGAAGCGAGGCCUCAAGUCCAGCUGCAUCAUCACUCCGCUGAUGAAGAAGGGCCAUCCGGAUAACUUGUUUUUCUUCCUCACCAACAUCGGCAAGCUCCACCUCUCUGGCAUCGACGUCAACCCCAAUGGCCUCUUCCCGCCCGUGGAGUACCCGGCCCCCCGGGGUACCCCGCUCAUCUCGCCCCUCAUCAAAUGGGACCACAGCCAGACCUGGGAUGUACCUUCUGCAGGGGACUUCCCCGAUGGUUCCAGCUCUUCCUCCUCCGUUGUCUACAACAUUGACACCAGCACCGAGUCCCCUGACCACUAUCUGGUAGACCACUGCAUUGACGGACGUGUCAUCUUCCCUGCCACCGGCUACCUGUGCCUGGUCUGGAAGACACUGGCCCGCACACUGGGCCUGGUCAUGGAACAGAUGCCGGUGGUGUUUGAGGAUGUGACCCUGCAUCAGGCCACCAUCCUGCCCAAGACUGGGACUGUGCCCUUGGAGGUGAGACUUCUUGAGGCCUCAUGUGCCUUUGAGGUGUCUGAGAACGGUAACCUGAUCGUGAGCGGAAAAGUGCAGCGGUGGGAAGACCCCGACCCCAAGAUCUUCGACAACCGUGAUGGCCUGCCCCCAGCAGACCCCAAAGCCACCUUCCACCUGGCCCAGGGUGACGUGUACAAGGAGCUGCGUCUGCGUGGCUAUGACUACGGCCCCCACUUCCAGGGCAUCCUGGAGACCAACCUCGAAGGCACGACGGGCAAGCUGCUAUGGAUGGACAACUGGGUGACCUUCCUGGACACCAUGCUGCAGAUGUCCAUCCUGGGCUCCACCCAGCGCAGCCUGCGUCUCCCCACCCGCAUCGGUGCCAUCCACAUCGACCCCACCACUCACCAGCAGAGGCUGCGGGACCAGGCACAAGCAGCCGACGUGGUGGUGAACAGUUGUCUGGGUAGCACGUCGGCAGGCAGCGUCCUCAUCUCACGCCUGCACGCCACGGUGGCCCCACGGCGCCAACAGGAGCAGCUGAACCCGGUCCUGGAGAAGUUCUGUUUUUCACCGUACCUGGAGUCCGAGUGCUUGGCGGACAGUGAGGUCCUGCGGGCAGAGCUACAACUGUGUGCAGGCCUGGCAAAGACUCUGCAGACCAAGGCAGCCCAGAAGGGACUGAAGAUGGCCGUGCCCGGGCUGAGCGGGGCCUCAACUCCCCAAGGCCCCCCGACGCAUGGUGUGGCGCGGCUGCUGGCAGCCGCCUGCAAGUUGCAGCUCAAUGGGAACCUGCAGCUAGAACUGGGUCCAGCACUGAUCCAGGAGCGCCUCCUGCUGGCCGAUGACCCCCUACUGGCUGGUCUCCUGGACGCGGGGGCCCUCAAGGCGUGUGUGGACACUGCCCUGGAGAAUCUGAGUGGUCUGCGGAUAAAGGUGGUAGAGGUGCUGGCAGGUGAGGGUCACCUGUAUGCCCGCAUCCCGGGGAUGCUCAACACGCAGCCCAUGCUGCAGCUGGACUACACGGCCACCGACUGCCAGGCACAGACCCUGAAGGCUGUGCGAGCCCGCCUACAACAGUACGACGUGGCCCAGGACCAGUGGGACCCCUCAGAGCCUGCACCCGGCAGCCUGAACGCUGCUGACCUCCUGGUGUGCAACUGUACCGUGGCCACCCUGGACGACCCCGCCACGGCUAUCCGCAACAUGGCAGCGGCCCUCAAGGAGGGCGGUUUCCUCCUGUUGCACGUCCUGCUCAGGGAACACAUGCUGGGGGAGACAGUCACCUUCCUCACAGGAGGUCACCUCCUAAGCCAGGACGAGUGGGAGGACCUCUUCAGCGCGGCCUCCCUGUGCCUGGUGGGGCUGAAGCGUUCCUUCUAUGGCUCCGCCCUCUUUCUGUGCCGCCGGCCCACUUCCCCGGAGAGCCCUAUCUUCCUACCCGUGGAGGACACCAGCUUCCGAUGGGUGGACUCGCUGAAGAACAUCCUGGCCGACGGCUCCUCUCGUCCAGUGUGGCUGACAGCCACUGGCUGCACCACCUCAGGCGUCGUGGGUUUGGUUAACUGUCUUCGCAAGGAGCCGGGGGGCCACCGCGUGCGGUGCGUCCUAGUGUCCAACCUCAGUAGCUCAUCGCCUGUGCCCCCAGUGGACCCGAGCUCCCCAGAGCUGCAGAAGAUGCUGCAGAGGGACCUGAUGAUGAACAUCUACCGCGACGGCGCCUGGGGGGCCUUCCGCCACUUCCCUUUAGAGCAAGACAAACCAGAGGAGCAGACGGAGCACGCCUUUGUGAACGUGCUGACCCGUGGGGAUCUCUCCUCCAUUCGCUGGGUGUGCUCACCCUUGCGCCACGCCACACCCACUGGUCCAAACACCCAGCUCUGCCGCAUCUACUACGCCUCGCUCAACUUCCGUGAUAUCAUGCUGGCCACGGGCAAGCUGUCCCCCGACGCCAUCCCAGGCAAGUGGGCUGCCCGGGACUGCAUGCUGGGCAUGGAGUUCUCAGGCCGAGACACCAACGGCAAGCGUGUGAUGGGGCUGGUGCCCGCCGAAGGUCUAGCCACCUCUGUCCUGCUACCACCGGACUUCCUCUGGGACGUUCCCUCUGGCUGGACCCUGGAAGAGGCGGCCUCGGUACCUGUGGUCUACACCACAGCCUACUACUCGCUGGUGGUGCGAGGCCGCAUCCGACGAGGAGAGACGGUGCUUGUGCACUCUGGUUCGGGAGGCGUGGGCCAGGCCGCCAUUGCCAUCGCCCUCAGCCUGGGCUGCCGCGUCUUCACCACUGUGGGCUCGGCUGAGAAGCGUGCCUACCUGCAGACCCGCUUCCCACAGCUCUGCGAGGACAGCUUCGCCAACUCCCGGGACACCUCCUUCGAGCAGCACGUACUGCAGCACACAGCAGGCCGAGGCGUCGACCUAGUCCUGAACUCCCUGGCGGAAGAGAAGUUGCAGGCCAGCGUUCGAUGUCUUGCCCAACACGGCCGCUUCCUCGAGAUUGGCAAGUUUGACCUGUCCAACAACCACGCACUUGGCAUGGCCGUGUUCCUGAAGAACGUGACCUUCCAUGGCAUCCUACUGGAUGCUCUUUUUGAGGACGCUGGCGCCGACUGGCGGGAAGUGGCGGCCCUGCUGCGGGCAGGCAUCCGUGACGGUGUGGUGAAGCCCCUCAAGUGCACGGUGUUCCGAAAGGACCAGGUGGAGGACGCCUUCCGCUACAUGGCACAGGGCAAGCACAUUGGCAAGGUGGUGGUCCAGGUACAAGAGGAGGAACAGGGCACGGUGCUGCCGGUUGGUCAGCCCCCCCUGACACUAGCCAUCUCCAAGACCUUCUGCCCAGCCCACAAGAGCUACAUCAUUGCCGGUGGUCUGGGAGGCUUCGGCCUGGAGCUGGCCCAGUGGCUCAUGCUGCGGGGAGCUCAGAAGCUUGUCCUGACCUCCCGCUCUGGGAUCCGGACAGGCUACCAAGCCAAGCAGAUCCGCGAGUGGAGACGCCACGGUGUCCAGGUGCUUGUGUCUACUAGCAACGCCAGCUCGCUGGAAGGUGCACGGGGCCUCAUCACAGAGGCCUCACGACUCGGGCCUGUGGGGGGAGUCUUCAACCUGGCCAUGGUGCUGAGAGAUGCCAUGCUGGAGAACCAAACCCCGGAGUUCUUCCAGGACGUUAAUAAGCCCAAGUACAGCGGCACACUGAACCUGGACAGGGUGACCCGGGAAGCUUGCCCCGAGCUGGACUACUUCGUGGUUUUCUCAUCCGUGAGCUGUGGGCGCGGCAAUGCCGGCCAGACCAAUUACGGCUUCGCCAACUCCGCCAUGGAGCGGAUUUGCGAGCAGCGCCGGCACAGUGGUCUCCCAGGCCUGGCGGUGCAGUGGGGUGCUAUUGGCGACGUUGGCAUCAUACUGGAGGCCAUGGGCACCAACGACACGGUCAUCGGCGGCACGCUGCCCCAGCGCAUUGCUUCCUGCCUGGAGGUGCUCGAUCUCUUCCUGAACCAGCCCCACCCUGUGCUGAGCAGCUUCGUGCUGGCCGAGAAAAAGUCCGCUGCACAUGGCGAGGGUGAUGGCCAGCGGGACCUGGUGAAGGCUGUGGCGCACAUCCUGGGGAUCCGAGACCUCACAGCCAUCAGCCUGGACAGCUCCUUGGCUGACCUCGGUCUGGACUCGCUCAUGGGCGUGGAGGUGCGGCAGACGCUGGAGCGCGAGUACGACCUGGUGCUAUCCAUGCGGGAGGUGCGGCAGCUCACACUGCGCAAGCUGACUGAGCUGUCCUCGUCGGAGGCGUCAGCCAACGAGCUGACAUCGCCCAGGCCCAAGGAAAAGGACCCGGCAGUCCAGCAUCAGGCCCAGCUGAACCUGAGCACACUGCUGGUGAAUCCCGAGGCCCCAACACUGACGCGACUCAAUACAGUGCAGAGUUCGGAGCGGCCGCUCUUCUUGGUGCACCCCAUUGAGGGCUCCAUCACUGUCUUCCGCAGUCUGGCUGCCAGGCUGAGCAUCCCCACUUAUGGCCUGCAGUUCACCCGAGCCGCCCCUCUGGACAGCAUCCAGAGUCUAGCUGCCUACUAUGUGGACUGCAUCCGGCAGGUGCAGCCUGAGGGCCCAUACCGCAUCGCCGGCUACUCCUACGGGGCCUGCGUGGCCUUCGAGAUGUGCUCUCAGCUCCAGGCCCAGCAGGGCCCCGCCCACAACAGCCUCUUCCUGUUUGAUGGCUCGCACACCUAUGUGCUGGCCUACACGCAGAGCCACCGAGCCAAGCUGACCCCGGGCUGCGAGGCCGAGGCCGAGACUGAAGCCAUGUGCUUCUUCGUGCAGCAGUUCACUGACGCCGAGUACAGCAGGGUGCUGGAGACUCUGCUCCCACUGAAGAACCUGGAGCAGCGUGUGGCGGUCGCAGCAGACCUCAUCGCCCAGAGCCACCAAGGCAUCAAUCGGCAGGAGCUCAGCUUCGCGGCCUUCUCCUUCUACCACAAGCUGCGCGCGGCCGAGAAAUAUGCUCCUAAGGCCAAGUACCGUGGCAACGUCACUCUGCUGAGAGCCAAGGUGGGCAACGCCUACAGGGAUGACCUGGGUGGCGACUACAACCUGUCCCAGGUGUGUGACGGCAAGGUGUCCGUGCACGUCAUCGAGGGUGACCACCGGACCUUGCUGGAGGGCAACGGCUUAGAGGCCGUCAUCAGCAUCAUCCACAGCUCCCUGGCCGAGCCAAGGGUCAGUGUGCGGGAGGGCUAG